AUGUCCGUAGACUACACCUCCAAAACAGUCGCCAUAACAGGCGGGGCCGCCGGCCUCGGCCUCGCCCUCACAAACGCCUUCCUCGCCGCCAACGCCACCGUCCUCGCCCUCGACAUCUCCCCGGCCGCCCUCGCCUCCCUCCCCGCCGCCGUCCCCGAAGCCCACCGCGCCCGCGUGCACCCCAUCAAAUGCGACGUCACCUCCCCGGCCUCCGUCGCCGAGGCCUUCUCCACCUACCUCUCCGCGGACCCCUCCCGCCGCCUGGACGUGCUCGUCAACAACGCCGGCAUCUCCGACAAGAUGCACCCCACCGGCGACUGCGACAUGGUCAUGUGGGACAAGAACAUCCUCGUCAACAUGACGGGACCCUUCAUCACGUCCCAAGCGGCGAUCCAGCAGUUCCUCAAGCAGGACGCGCGCGAGGGCGGGCAGAGGGGCGUGAUUUUGAAUGUCAUCAGCGCCGCGGGUCUCAACGGCGCGAGAGCAGGCGUCGCAUACACAGCCUCCAAACACGGAACCGUAGGCCUCACCCGCAGCACCGCAGCCUUCUACGGCCCCAAAGGCAUCCGAUGCCUCGCCAUCAUGCCCGGCCCCAUGCAGACCAACAUGGCGCGCAACGAGAACCACAUUGCCGACUUCCACAAGGAAGGCUUGGCUGUCGUUGUGUCGACGUUCAACACGGUCCAUGGUGACCCUGCGAAGCAAGGAUGGAACUUUGGAUGGUCGCCAUUGGAACAGGUCGCCAAGACCGUGCUGGUUUUGUGUUCAGAUGGGAUGAAUACCAUCAAUGGCGCAUUGGUGCCGACUGACAUGGGAUGGACGACGGUAUGA